GCAGCCUUCAUCGAGGACGCGCAGAGGAGGCGCUGGUCGACCCAACACUGCGUGAUCUUGAGGAAUACUACGACAAGUACAAUUCUCCCAACCGCAUGCCGCGUGCUUCUCUCGUGCCAGGUUCACGACCGUAUCAGGGUCCGCUAUCGAACAACGUCGACCAAGGUGCCACAUUCCACGGGUCGUGCUUGCCGUCUUCGCAGGCACUCGCUUCUUUGCUCCGUUGAGAAAAAUCGAACCAAGUCAAGUCGGCUUGCAAUUGAGUCUACCAUGCAGGAUCCUGCAGGCGUUUGCCAAGAACUACAAUGCACUCCGAAGCGCCAAAAGCCAAGGCUACGUCAAGCACCAAUGUGA